CCUUUUCUGAUCAGUUAGGAGAUGGAAGCAAAAUAUAAUCUACGAAGUCCAGGUAAGUGUCAAUCCGAGGAGGAAUAAAAACCGUCCUUACGGGCUCUGAAAAAAAGAAAAGAUCUGCUAAAGGUUCUGUCGACGUACAUCAUAUGAGGUAAUUCGUGGUGUUGUUUUGGUUGUUUUCGUCCAAAAUAGGCGUCAAACGCUUGAUGAGGGAAGCUAAGGAACUAAGUCAACCGACAGAGCUGUAUUUUGCCCAGCCUUUGGAGGUAAGCAGUUCCCGUCAUUCUACACUUCACACAAGCUGAUAAUGAGCUUAUAAAUACACAGGUAAUCUGAAAAGUUUGCAGAAUGGGCUAUUGCAUUUAAUAUCUGUACCCCCCCCCGGUUGAGGACCUACCUUUUGUUCUUUCUCCUGAGGAUAAAAUACUUUUACAUCCACCCCUGAAGACUUCCAUAAAAUAUGGGUUUACCCCUGAAGAAUAAGGGUCCUACCCAUGAAGUAUUUCGAGAAAAUUAAAGCUCCACCCCAAAGAAUUCCAUAAUUAUUACUCUACCCCUAAAGAAAUCCUCAAUCUUUAUAAACUUAUCCCUGAAGAACUCAAUGGUUCCUCGACCAGCUGGGGAAUGCAAUUAGCCCAAUUUGAUGUAGCUGGCAAAAUGUUCAGUAUCGUGAUUGCAACAAUCCAGAUACAUGCUACUAGGGUUGCGUUCAAUUGGGAAAUCCAGAUGUUGAUUUUGAAAUUCGGAUUUCAGAUUUUGCAAUCGAACACGAAAUCCGAAAACGGAUUUCACCUCUGAGAAAUCUGUCCUCAGGGUGGAUUUCAAUUAAGAAAUCCAAAUCGGGAUUUCAUGGAUUUCCUUUUUACCGUUCAAUUGGGAAAUCCGAAAAAGGAUUUGCAAAACUGUUCUCAUGAACAGUGGUGUUCUUUUUGUUAAUUAUGCAUGCGUGUGCAAGACCGCUGUUCUUAAGGACAGUUUUUCAAAUCCUUUUUCAGAUUUCCCAAUCAAAUGGUAAAAAUGGAAUCCAAAACAGAUAUCUCAGCUUGAUCUCAGUGUUGAAAUCGGGAUUUUAAAAACUAAAUCCAGAUUUCCCAAUCAAACACACCCUAAAGCAUUCAAAUCUCUCAUGAACAACAACAUCAACAACAAAAAUGACCCAAUACAAAAAGAUCAGGGCAGUAUAAAAAAAACUUGUUUUAAGACAAUUCCUGCAGGACAGAUGCUCAGACUAUGCUAAGACCUGGAACUUAGGUUUGACCGGACCAUGUUCAGUUGUAAUCUUAGGCUAUGUUGACACUGUACCUUAAAGCUGCUGUGAAGCUAAGUGGCACCAAUCUUGAAAGUGAAGUAUCGCAUAUUGGAUAAGUCUUGUGCCACACUUUUGUGCAGUAUUUGGACUGCCGGUAGUGGAAAUGAAUAAACAGAAGCGAGGACUGUAAUCCACUGAGAUGGAAGUUUCAAGGGAGUGAGAACUGGGAAUUAGUUCACCAAACUCUCUUGGUCAACCAUCCUAGCUUGAUGUUCAAUGUGUGUGAACAGCUUGUUCCAGUACUGUGCUGCAGCGACUCCCAGCAUUGUUGGAUGUCAUAUGUUGCAUCUGUUUGCACACCCUGUUGCAUGUUGUAAAUUUGUAAAUAUCUUAUUAUCCACUCCCCACAGGGCUUUUCAGGGGUAAUUUACAACACUGGUUGGGGGACUUUGCCAGACUGCUUAAGGUGCAGUUUACAAGUAAUGAAGGAAUGAGUGAUGAUGCCCCCAUACAUGAGUGUGAAAGUGAGAUAGACCACUACACCGGCCACUACAUGCCCUACUCUUUACGAAGAGUGUGUGGGUUCUUUAACGUCCCACAGAUUUAUUACAUGUGCACGGGCUUGUGAGAUGGGGCCUACGGUUUAUCGUCAUGCAAAGUUUGAAACCAGUCAAACUUUACCUUCUUACUAUACUGGAUAGCUUUUGGUGUAGGCAUGAAAAUCUAUCUGUUAUAUGCACCAAAAUCAGACUGCCUAAUUACAAUGUACACAUGCCUAUUACUGCAGGGGCAGAUUGAGGGGGAGGGUGCAGGGGGUGCGCACCCCCCCCUCCUGAGAUGACCUGCGGUUUUCUAAUACAACUGGUAUUCUGCAAAAAAAAACUAUGUGGUUUAUUGGUGUUGAAGUAGAGCAAGAGACGAGUGCACCCCCUCCUAAAAAAAAUCCUGGAUCCGCCCCAUACUGCGCUUUUCACAAACAUGCGAACUCUAAAGUUCAAAAGCCGCCUUCACAAUUGCGUUUUUUGCUGCUGUCAAUCAUAAUUACGAUCACAAGCAACAAACCUUGAAACACAGAAACACACAAAACAGAUUGAAAUCCACCAAUCACAAAUCACAAACCAUGACCUUUUGAACCCAUUAAAGUAAAGUUUUGUUUCCUAAGAGGUCUGUUAAGAUGAUUGACGGCAGCGAAACAUGUAAUCGUCAGUUGGCUUUUGAGUAAUUUUUUCUUACUUUUCAGUAGGGUGCUUAAUUGAGAGUGGUGCUUAUGUUCUGGGGCUGCUGUUACAUAAAUUUUCUCACUUGUGAAUGACACAGUACUAUAUGUUUUUCAACUUAGCCGGCAGCCAGCUCCUUCUGUAGUAACAUCCCUUGUGCAGCACCUAUUUACAAUAGACCUGACCAACUAAUUGUACAAACUUAGGCAAAGUGGAAACCUGGGUCAGUUUGGUGGGAUAGUUAUACUCUUAGAUCCUCUCUCUCAUGUUUUUCUUUAAUUCCUGCUUAGCUUCAAACUUACCAAUGUUCUGUAGUUUAAUAUUGCAUCAUCAAAGAAUGUUGCAUGAUAUAUGUUAUGAAUUAACCCUAUAAUCCUAGUAAAAAUUAUAUCUUGCUUGUUUGAAUGUCAUUUUCAUCUCAGUAAUCAUCAUACAAGAAAGGCAACCUAAAGAAAAAUUUAAUUUGCAUUAAGGAUAGAACUGAACCACAAUAUGGUCUGGUUACUCAAAAUAUGUUGUUGAUUGGCAGGAUAAUUUGUUUGAGUGGCAUUUCACUGUGCGUGGCCCCCCUGACAGCGAUUUUGCUGGUGGACGUUACCAUGGUAGAAUAACAUUGCCUCCUGAGUACCCCAUGAAGCCACCCAGUAUCAUGUUAUUAACUGUGAGUCUAAAUUAAAACUUACUUAUUCUGUUCAGUCUCUUAAAGUCAAUGGUAUACAGGGCUGUCAGUGGCUGGUCUCUCAGGAAAAGUAGCCAGGCAUUCACCCUACAAAUCCUCCUCUUUUUUUAUGUUUGACUCAAUUUAAAAUCUACAAUAGACAGCUCAGUGAUUUUAUGGCAGUAGCCAGCAACUAAUGAUAGUCCUGAGUAUACAACUGUUUCCCACAGGGGAGGUGAAUAUUGGCCUGAAAAAGCAGUCAACAUUUAAUGAUGCCACAAAUGGUUUGCCCACGAAAUGAUGUUUGAGAAAUGCUGGACUGCAGAAAUUAUGUGUGAAUAUUUAUGUUGAAGAAGAAUGGUUUGAGUUGAAGUUGAAUGGAUAUUUUUCUGCUGAAUGAAAAUAGUUUGAGUUGAAGUUGAAUAUUUAUUUGUUGAAUGUUAAAUAUAAAUCCUUGAAUGAAAAUACUAUGUUCUUGAAUUUUGCUUCAAACGGCUAACCAUACCCCAACUUUGUUUAGAAUUUAUUUUUUUUCUUGGUCACUUAUGGUUGAAAGUUAUAAAUUAUUCCCUCUUCUUGUCUUCAGCCAAAUGGUCGGUUUGAAGUUGGGAAGAAAAUUUGCCUUAGCAUGUCAGCGCAUCAUCCUGAAACUUGGCAGCCAUCAUGGAGCAGUAAGUGUCCUGAAAUCGUGAAAUAUGUAUACUGUGCUUGAAACUCAAGUGUUUGACUAAAAGACUUAACCCAUUCACUCCGGGGAAUUUUUUUCUGAAAAACUGCAUUUUGAAGCUAGUCCAGCUGUUUUCUGGUCUCUGUCUGGCUAUAAAGAGUUAAAACUUGCCACAAAGCUGUUUACAUGCAGGUCAUACUCUUGGCAGCCUUUUGUUCCAGAUGCAAAAUAUUAGCCUCCAAAGCUCGGGCAUGUGUAAAAAGCAAAAUUUUGAGAUAAUUUCUCCAAUUUUGGGUUUAAAAGUGACACAGCAGUCCUAUUUUUUUUCUUCUCUUCCUCCCUCUUCUUUCGCUUUUCUUGCCUGAGUCAUUUUUUUCCUUUGCUGAGCAUUCUGUAAAGCUUUUAGGAUCUGCAUGGGCGGUUACGGGCAGUUCAGGGACAAUGGGUUAAGCUGGCCUGGCCAAAUUUUGAGAUUUGGUGUUGGAUGAUUGAGUGGUUAUUGUUACAGAAAAUUAAAAAAAUGGAGAAGUGAAGGAGAGUGCAGUGAGUAAGGCUGUGUAUUAAGUGCAGCCAUAAGGAAUUAGACUGACUGUUAAGUGAAGAAUAUAAUGAUAACUGUCACUUUCAACCAAAAUUUACUUUAAAAAAAACAGGUUAACGUAUGCAAAAUUUUGGAAAAUUGAAGAUAGACUGUGCCAUCCAAAUUUACUGCUGCGAAGAGACAUUCUCUGAGGGAGGGUAAUAAUUCAUAAUUUGUUGUUAUGGGUGUGUUCUUAUUGACAGUUCGUACUGUGCUUAUGGCAAUAAUUGGAUUCAUGCCAACCCAGGGUGCAGGAGCAAUAGGGUCUCUUGACUACACUCCACAAGAAAGAAAGGUCCUGGCUAAAAAGUAAGGAGCAUGUACUAUAUUAAAUUUAUAAUUAAAACUACCUGUCUACCACAACUUGAAAAUGACGUUUUAGAACAUGACAGGAGCAUUUAGAUCAUACACAUCUAGGGCCCAGCGGGAGUUACUUGGGUUAAUUUUUGCUGUGUAUGUGCCUCUGGCCUCUCAGAGCCCCUACCCCAUCCAGCAGCACAUCCCCAUUAGCCUCUUAUAAGGAAGUACCUCCCCUCCCCUGGGAUCUAGGGAGACAGAGGUCUCACAAAGUAAGAAAAUAAUACAUAAAAUGUAUUUGAUGCUUCCAAAGAUUAAAAUGGCUGGUCCUUAACUGAAAAAAGUUCCCUUUAAAGUCAUGGGCAGUUUGCUGUCAAUUUAAUUCUCAAUUAUCAGUGGUUGCUACCCCCUACAUUAAUUUGAUAAAUACAAGUAAAACUUGUAAGUUUCUGUUUCAUUUCCGGAAGCAAUGAAAAAAAUUGUUUAAAAAUUAGUUUAGGGAUAAAAUCUAAGGAGCUUUUUCUCCUUUUCCAAUGUAGUCUUGUGAGACUUACAAUGUUUUUUCAUUCUAGAUCAAUAGACUGGAAAUGUAAUGGCUGUGAUGUGUGUAUAAAGACCGUUUUACUAGAAACCACUGGUAGGCAGGUUCUAACCAUAAUUUGAUGAUUGAAGAUGAUAUAGCCCUCUGUAUAUACCUAUAUUUGGUUUUAAAAAUUACUUGAGAAACAAUUCCAUAAGGGACACUUCCCACUCAAUACUUCAAAGGAAAAAAAAAGCAACAAUCCCUCCCCCCCCCCCCAAACAAUGUUGUGCCUAUUGAUAUUGAAAAGAAAUUUUUGAAGAGUCAGAUCAGCUGGGAAUCUACCGGUAUAUUUUUUGGCUCUCAGUCAAUAAAUUUUUGGUAACUGAUGGUACCUGUAGGUACCUGUAGUACUGAUAUAUGUAGCAAACUGCAUGGUUUUGUACUGCAGCUCACACCUGCCUACAGGAAGUUUUAAAAUACAUUGUAACCUCUGCUAUCAGCCACCUCUCAACAACCCUGAGCAAUUUUUUUUUGCUACAAAACCUUGAGUUAACUUUCUAUCGCAGCUAUAGAGAUCUUGACCUCUUUACUUGACAAAUGUCUGCAUUAAUCAUUUUAGGCUGAAACAUCAUCUUCAAGUUACCUUUUGUUUUGCUUAUUCUUAAGUCACAGGUGAAGUAGACAUUUUGUCUAAUUUUGCAAUUAUUUUGUUUUAUAGGUGAAUCAAGUAAAGAAGCUGAGAAGGAAGCAGCUGAGUUAGCAGCACAGAUCACCUUUAAGGUACUGCUACUUGACAUAUUUCAUGCCUAGAAUCCAAAGGGGGAUUCUUUUAACUCCUUACAUCGCCACUAGUGGCCAAAGUCAAAAUUCUGUAAAAACCCGUCGUUUUGAUUUGUGAAAUACUAUCUAUAGGAACUAAAAUAUAAAAGUUCUACUGAAGAGGUUUUUGAUUGCUUACAUUAUUACCCUAGCUGCUGGAGACUUUUCAUGCAUGGUUUUUGGGUUUCGGUAAGUCUUUAUAGUGUCACCUGAUUGUGGUUUUAGCCUUUGGCUGAAGAUGUGUUGUCCUGCAGCCAACACCGAAGCAUCCUGCAUUGACCACAUUCGAGAAAAAACCUCUGGAGGGUAUUACAUUGCAUGAAUAGGUUUUUGUGCACGGAGCUAAAAGUUAUUAGUAAAAUCCAACUAGUGGUCUAUUACCAAUGCUGCGUUCUGAUUGGUUGAGCUACUACUAGGCUAUGUGUUAUAGCCCACUUGUAACCUCUGAGUCAAUAGCCCAUUUGGGCUUGAGGAAGAAUUGUUAAAUAUCAUGCCAAAACACUCUCCAAGGAGUGAAAUUAAGAUCAUACUUAUCAUAAUUACUUUCUUACAGGGAGAGAACGAAAAGGAAAAAGCAACAGGUGAAAGGACAGAAACACCAACUUCUGGCAGUGGGACUAGCCAACCACAGACUUCAACACCGAGUCAAGUGAACUCUAUGGCAGGAUCGCCUACUGGAGCUUCACCAUGGGGUGUUCAUUCAAUGGGUGUGCCUCCUCAAUACUAUGCUGCAUAUCAAUCAGCUUACCCUUACUAUGCCACAGGGUACCCAAUGUACAACAUGAUGACUGCAAAUCCUUCAGCUGCACAGGGUUAUGCAUCGUAUGCAGGUCCAGUGACUAGUCACAAUACUGUCUCAUCAAGUCAGGCUGGAAGUGCUCCAGCAACCAAUCAGAACAGUAGUGUUAAUGCAGGAGCUAGUGGUAUUCGUCAGAGAACUGCUGCCAAUCAGUCUUUUCCAACUCAAAAUACCCAGCCUGCAUCUGUUGCAGGAGGUGUACCACAGACUCAUUCUGUUGUUGUUAACACUCAACCGCGUAUAUCGCAAAGCGGAAUGUUCUCGUUAAUUUUUCUUUGGUUGUUAGCAGUGUCUAUUAUUGCUUUGGUCUGUAGAAGACUUUUUGUGGUUUCUUGAUGUUCCUGAAAAAUGUUGCUAUAGCUGCUGUUUUCUGUUCUGUUAAGACAAUUGUUCUAUUUUGUUCAAUGAAAGGGUCUUAGGUGUAUUCCGCAUUACUUAAGUUUAUAGUAACUGCUUUGGCAGGUAAUUGAGGUAUAGACAAUGCGGUGUUAAUAAGCCAUAAUGCAGCUCCAAGCUAAUACAGGCCAGUUUCAUCUAGAAAAAAAAAAUGCUAGCAAAGUUUUGGUUUAACCUCAGCUUAUUUGAGAAAGUAGUUUGAGAUAUUUAUGUCAAUGAGAGAAAGGAAAAGAAAUGGAAAUGUAAAAAUAAGGCAAUUAUGACAAAGUUAUAAUUCACAUUGGAAUGUUACAAUUAUUUCUCUUCCCUCUCUUAUGGUGGUAAGGUUGAGUCAGAUAAUUGGCAUCGACUUACCAAAUAUUGAUAUUACUGCUGAACAAGUUUCAUUUGAAUGGUCACACCAUAGCUGGUUUCCGUUCAAUGACUCCAUAGAUAGGGAACAAAAUUCUACAUUGCAUGGGUCUGUUAUUAGUAUUUUUAGCUCAUUAUUUGACUGUAAGCUUUCAGAGUUUGAUAUGAAUUGUAAAAUAUUUUUCAUAUUGGGUUUUCAACUUCCGGGGAAGAAGUGAUUAUUUUGAGUUGAUUGCACCCUUUGGGAACAAUACAAAUGGUGAUGGUCGUUGUCACUGGAUGGAAAUAUGAUAUUUUUGUUUCUGUCUUACAAGUGAAAUAACAGUCAUGAAAAAAGUGGUUUGUUUACAAAUCAUUUUCAAUUCCACAACAACUCAUUGGUUUGAAAAAGAGAAGUUUGCCGCAAGGUAAAAGUAAAACCCCACAACUAAGGACCUGGAUUUUUCCGAGUUAGCCUAAACGGGUUCUUAUGUUAUGGUAGUUAGCACAAGUUUAGGUUAUUUAGGUAGGUUCUUAUUUUCUAAAGAAAAAGAAUACAGUAUAGCUAAGAGUAUUUAGUGGUUCAGCUUAUUCCUUAUUUUAAAUCUGCAUACUAAAUUAGAAGUUAUGUAAAAAAUGACCAUAAAAAAGAAAAACUAAUGCAUUGACCUCAAGAAAUUUGAAGUCCUACUUUAGAACUUAACAUAUAUCUAUUGUAAUAAUUGUAUCAAUAACAAUUUUGGUUGAUUUUAAACAGUGGCAUUUACAUUGCAAAUUGGAGUGAUAAGGCAGCUAUGUCUCCAAAGAGGAUGCUGAAUGUUGACUUAUUUGCCCAAGUGAACAGAAUUUUUUGUAUAGAUUUUAGAAACUGAUACAAUUUUUUAAAAAGAUUUAGGCUAAACACUGGGCUUAAAUAGAAGGGGGUUAACUGGCAAAUUUUAGCCUAACAGGUUCUUAGUCGUGGGGUUUUACUGUAUUACAGUCAGCUAUCUCUGACAAGACAAAAAAUUUGUGCGUCAAAUGUAAGGCCGUUUUAGACGGUACGAUUUUUGCUCAAGACUAUCGUGCGCGACUAGCAUACAUCAUGACUUUCGACCAUCCACCACGAGCGUUUCAGGUGGGCAACUUAAAUACGGCGAUCAGUUCUUUUUCGUGACAGCGUGGUAUAAAAAAAAAAUAUGCGCACGCAAAAAUGGCUGUUGGCGGGAAAUUUCUGGGUGCGACGAGUGCUUCAUAGAAACCCCUUUCAGAGUCCUUGUUAAUGUUUGCUUGCUGUCUGCUGCAAGGGAAAUUUUCAAAAAAGUUUAAAUGUCUUGUGAAAUAUGACGUGUGUAGUUGCAAGUCGUCUUCUCGGUGGUUCAAAUUCUCAAAGGAACUUCACGAAGACGUAUGUGCAUCCUUUAACGUUAUAAAUAAAGGAAAAUGCUAGGUGAUGAUGAGUCGUUGUGUGCUUCGUGUCGGCGGAAUUUGACUCAGUGGCGAGAUAGUAGACCGACAAAUGAAAAAUACUUCAAGUUAGCAAACUCAAGGGGGAAACCUUGUCUAAACAAAGUGCUUAUAGCUGGGCAAAACCUCAAACUCUUCCGGUUGGCCUACAAUAGGCUUUUCCACAUGUCUAAACUCUCGAUGGAACGUCAUCGCACACAGAUGCCG